GUUCAAGAGCUCAAGCGUUGGGCCCACGCCGUGCCGACAAAGAUCGGAUCUGACGUGGCCGCCCACUGUACGGCCUUACCGGCCGCCCAAGUCGGCCUUACCCGAGGGAGGGCCACGAUGGCCGCCGGCGCUGCCGACGUGUUCGUGUACUCGCUGGCAACCUUCCUCGGGAAUGUCGGCGUCGCCGUCACCGGCUUCGGCAUGGCCAUUGUGUACCUGUUCGUGUGGCAGGUGGCGAGGCUGUGCGGCUGGGAGGCGGACUUCAAGCACGCGGUGUUCAUCCAGGCAAUCGGCCUGUUCGCGGCCCAGCCGCUGCUGCUGCGCCAGGCCAACAUUCGCAAGCACGGCUCCCGCAGCCUCCUGAAGCUGUUCCUUCCGGUGACGGUCCUGUCCACGCCUCUGGGCCAGUGGCUGGGGAUCUACGUCGACGAGAAGGCCGUUCAGACGGUGGGGGGGGUCAUCAUCUGCCUCUUCGCCGCCUUCGAGGUGUUCCGCAACCGCAGGCUCAUCCUCGAGGCCCUCCGCGGCGCCCCGCCUGCAGGCCCGCGCAGCGAGGACGCGGAGCGAGAGGGCCCGGACAGGGCUGCCGUCGAGGAUGACGAGGACGAGCCGACGUGGUCCACAGAGAAGGUGUUCUUCAUGAUCGGGUCGCAGAGGUCCGGGUCGAACUGGCUGCGGACGAUGAUGGACGAGCGCGAGGACAUCGCAGGCCCGCACCCGCCACACAUUUUUGACAAUUUUUUGCCUAUCCUCGGCAAGUUCGGCGACCUGGGCCUGGCGACCAACAGGGAGAUCCUCAUCGACCACGUGCUGACCUUCGUCGAGCGGAACCAGGUGCCGUGGACCGACAGGAAGGGUCGGCCUCUCACCUUCGACCGGGGUCAGGUGUUCCGCGCGGUGGAGCGGGAGGUGGAUACGGAUGCCGUGUCCGGGAUAGAGGUCCUCAUGGUCAUUUUCAACGAGGUCUACGACACCCAUGCGAGAGCCAAUUUUAAGAGAACAUGGAUGUGUAAGUCCAUGGGGAUGUCGAAGUACCACGAUACGUUGCUGAAUUUCUACGGAAAGGACCGCCUUCGUUACAUCUACUUGGUUCGCGACCCGCGCGACGUCGCCAUGUCGUUCAUGAACACUCCCGUCGGCGAUUGCCACUACCACGCGAUUGCCACCAAGUGGGUGCGGCUCCAAGAGAGUGCUCUGAAGAUUGCCGACGCCUACCCCGACAUGGUGCACCUGCUCCGCUACGAGGAGCUGCUGCAGGACAAGGCUGGUGCAAUGGAGCGUCUCUUCGAGUUUGUCGGCCAGGAGCACUUCGCCAUGAAGCGACAGCAAAGCACAGCGUCCGUGCUGGCGAUACGGGACCUGAAAACAAAGUGUGAGGACGCCAAGAAUGGCAACGAGUCGAAAAAGGCGGCGGGGUUGUCAAAGCAAUUCUGCAACCUGACCCUUGGCGACGAAUUUGCAAAAGGCCAGUUUGCGAAGUGGCGCCACGGCACGCCGCCUAUGCCCACUUGCGACGUGAUCCUCGUCGAGAACGUGACGUGGGAUGUUAUGCAGCGCUUCGGUUACAUGCCGAGCAUCGUGUCGGUGACGCAGGACCCCGCAGCCUACUCGAAAAGUGAGCUGGAGACGUUUGAGAAGUUGAACCGGGAGGGGAUCGAAAAGAUGAAUGCUGACCUGGAGGAGGAAGACCCCGAAGACGCAAACCGCCGGAGAUCGUCGGCGUCUGUGCUCGCCUUACCGCCAGAGCUUAUCCUGAAGCAGGUGAAGCGGAGGAACCCGAGCUCUGCGUGCCGGCUGGAGCAGGUGGCCGCCAAUGGGCUCGCGAUCGAGAUUCCGGGGGGCCUGACCUUGCGCUGCGCGGCGUUGUCGCAGGCGGGGGACCAUCCCAUCAAGAGGGCCCCGAACCAGGACACGUUCACCCUGGCAGAGGGCCGCGUCGGCGUUGCGCAGCACUGGCUCGCCGUCUACGACGGGCACGGGCCGCUCGGCCGGGAGUGCGCCGCCUUCGCCCGCGACCACCUUUGCGACGGCGUCGCCGACCGCCUGGGGCGCGGCGCGGCCGGCCCGCUGGCGGCUGGGGCCGAGCAGGCUGAGGACGUGGGCGCCGCUCUAAAGGCGGCGCACAUCGCCGUCGACGACAUGCUGCGCGAGGACGAGUCCAUCAACGACCAGGAGUCCGGGACCACGGCGAUCUCCAUGUAUGUCAGCGGCGACCGCUGCUACAUCAGCAACGUCGGCGACAGUUGCUGCUUCCGCGGCCACGUGGGCCCAGGCGGUCAGCUCGCCGUGGAGCCGCUCUCGGAGGCCCAGGCCGCCAACCGACCUGACGAGGCAGACAGGAUCAGGAGCUGCGGCGGGGUGAUCGCCACUGCAAGCCAAGUGGACGGCACCGAGCCCAUGGAGCCAGGCGUCGAGCCCACCACCGAGCCCAUGGAUGAUUGGACUGGAGAUGGCCCACCACCGCGCGUGUGGGCGCCAGGGUGUCCGCAGCCAGGCUGUGCGUUCACGCGCUCCAUCGGCGAUCGUGCCGCCAAGCUCCUGGGCGUCGUUGCCGAGCCCGAGCUGAGGAGUCAUACGAUCACGAGAGCUGACAAGGUCUUCGUUCUCUGCAGCGACGGGGUUUCGCAGUACAUGACGGCACGCGAGAUUUGCAGCAUGGCCCUGCAGCACGACGACCCAGUUGCCGCGUGCGCGUCAUUGGUGGCGGAGGCCCGUCAGCGCUGGCUGAGCCGCGGGGGCCGCGUUGACGACAUCACAGCACUCGUCUGCCUCGUCCGCCCAGACAGCAAAGGCGAAAUGCAGGGCGCCCGUGCAGAGGAUGCGAUAUCGCAGCAGGAGGAGCAGAUAAGCCCGCGUGUGGCUGCCUGGGCGAUCUCCAUGGGGUUCGCGAGCGGGUUUCUAGGUGGGCUCUGCGGCAUCCGCGGGCCCCCCAUAAUCAUUUUCUUCCUGCACAUGGUGUUCCCGAAGGCCAUCCAGAAGGCGAACGGAGCUGCGAUCACUGUGGUCAACGUGUCGAUGCGCAUUCUGGGAUACGCAGUGGAUGCUGCGACAGGCAACAGCACAGCUGUGAUGGAUGAUUGGCCGCUCUACGCGUCCGUGGUGCUAAUUUCGCCCGUGGGUGUCGCCAUUGGCGGGCGACUCUUCGACCACACGAAAGACUCCCAGGCGAAUCUAAAAACCAUACUCGCGAUGUUGCUGGUGUUAUGCGGCAUCAGUCUGCUCAUCACUGCCUUUGAAUGAUCUGAUGAGGCCCCCCAGCCACACGCAGCUAGAAUUACUAUUGCAUGGAGUGCACUCAUCCGCGUCGCCACGCGGCCAAGAGCUUGUUGGAGACGUGCGUCAAUCGCGGCGGCUCAUUUGGGGCCCAUGGGCUGUGUGGACAGUUGUGGGCAGGGGAUCCGCGGCGAUCCAGGAGCGGACCCCGGGGAGCUGCCACCCGUGGGAUCCUGCCGCCCUGCCAGCGAAGGUGUGCUGGAGUUUCGUCUCCGCCAUUCGCUCUCCCAGCCCCGCCGCUUUGGCUCGUCCUCCUCGCGAUCUCUCUCUCUCUCUCUCUCUCUCUGUCCGCUUUCGUACACAGGUACGUCGCAGGCAAUCCUUUAUGGCAAUCCUCUCUCUGUCCGCUUUCUCCGAGGUGGCCCGCGUCAGCACCUUCGCGCGUUGUGCCAGAUCGCACGGGGCGCGUGCCCGCUGCGCCCUGCCGCAGCCCGCGGCCGGAACGUCGGCAGCGGCCUCGAGCGCACAAGUCAGCAACGGGCCAGUAAUUGUCGAGCGUUGUCUCGCCAGUCUUCGACUUCGAUCUCACCACCCUCGCUCCUCUAACUACUGUGCUUCUCCCUUCACUGCGCUGCCUCUCGCGCCUUUGCCGUGCGCCCUCGUGUCAGGGUUUCCCUUGUGCUCGGCCCAGCGUUCUCGGCGCCUAACGCACUUCAAGGCGAACUCGCUGACGCCUCCGUUUGAUCGUUGCCGCGGUGCAGGGCUUCCUGUGUCAACGCUCCCCGUGCUCGGCGCACUCUGACGAUUCAAAGAUUGCACUUAUAAGGUUUACUAUUGCAUUUUACUGUUUACUAUAAGGUGGACUAUUUGCAGGACUUAUAAGGUUUCACUUCCUCCCUCUUGGAGGAAUUGGCGCGGCGCGUUCGAUCCAUAGUGGGCGCGGAGACUCGCAGUCCAAUUACCUAACAGCGAAGACUGAUAGGUUUCUAGUGGGGUCAAAAGAGCUCACAGAUCACUCCACAGGGGGGUCCGG